UCGAACCCCUUGGCAUUCGGCGCCACUAGGCGUGGACUUCUGAUGCUUGUACACCAGAAGCAUCUCGAACCCCCUAGCAUGUACCUCCAAGAGCGUGCCCACAGGCGUACCUGUGAAGACAGCAGAGUUACAAUGGUCCAGUAGCAUGCUUGCGCACCCAGUUUCGCCAGCGAAGCUUCAAAAGCACCACGGUUACGCUGGCCACCAGUUACAUCCGGCCAAUCUAGGGGCACCAGACCCGUGCCAUAACCCACUUAGGCCGCGUUGUGGCAAUCGAUUGGGCUAGGUUAUGGCACUGCUCGCGAGGGCUGGCCGGGCGUAGGACAAGUAGAAAUCGGCUCAAACCGGACGGCCGAGUCCUAAGCUCGGGUUGGGCAAUGCGACGGGCUCGCGUUGAUUACAUGCGCAGGCAGAGCGCUAGGUGACUAGUUAUGGGGUCGAGAUGGCAGGCGAAUCGAUAAUCGUGGACGGCGGAAAGCUCAUCUUCACUUUCUCUUGCUAAUUCGAAAACGAAAACAAUCGACGACAGAAACUAAUGUGUUUCGGGCGAUGACGCACUUCCAAUGCCGUUGCUACAUAUAGCGAGGGAUUCCCGGAACUGGCUGUGCAUUGGAUCGGCCGAACCGUGGAUGGAAUUAGUCAUGGUCGCCUUUACCAUAGUUAUUGGUCUAGUUUUUGAGACUUUGUAAUGCCUUGGAAUCUUUACCUUGAUCUUUGGCGUUUUCCAAAACCGUUGUGACUACCUACUAGAAAAUCACUACCCCACCUUAUAACACGACUAAAAACACCCACUUCUCCAGGCCCACCGCGUCGUGCUGGCGGCCAGCAGCGACUACUUCUGCGCCAUGUUCGCCGACUGUGCCAUGAUCGAGUCGCGCAAGGACGAGAUCAACCUGUACGGGAUCACGGCCCGGGCGCUGGGCGCCAUCCUGGACUUCAUAUACACCUCGACGUUGGAGCUGAACUACGACAACAUCGAGGAGAUCCUGGCGGCGGCCACCCACGUGCAGGUGCGCGAGGUGAUCGAGCGCUGCACCCUCUUCCUGGGCACCAAGAUCGAGAUGGAGAACUGCCUGGCCAUCGCGGGCAUGGCCGACAUCUAUGGCAUCAUGGACCUGUCCGAGCGCGCGCACCGCUACAUCUGCGCCCACUUCGAGGAGUUUGCGACCACGUCGGACUUCAGGGAAAUGAAGGUGGACCAGCUGCGCUUCAUCCUGGCCAGCAACUACCCCAUCGACGUGGCCGAGCAGGACCUGGUGCGCCUGGUGUGCAGCUAUGCGCUGGAACAGCAGCUGGAGGAGGCCGAGCUGGGGGACCUGCUGCGCUUGAUCAAGUGGCCGCACAUCAGCUACUCGGCCCUGGAGGAGCUGAGGCACGCGAACUGCGCGCUGGACGAGGGGGAGCAGCUGCCACUGCCCACCGCCUACUACAAUCGCCUUGAGCAGGCGUAUAUGGGCGGCAUGCUCAACGGAGCGGGGUCCGUGUCCCCGGAGGACCGAUCACUGUCGCAGGGACCGAAGAAUAUGCGCGGCAUGGAGCUGUGCCUGCUCAAGAUCGGGGGCUUCGAGUGGAAGGGGCUGACCAAUGUGAUAAUGUGCUUCUCGCCAACCAAGAUGAGUUGGUACGAGCUGACCGCCAUACCGCACAUAGAUCAGUGCAACUUUGGCACCGCCGUCCUCAACAACAAGCUCUUCAUCGUGGGCGGGGCCUACGACGUCUGCCUGAAGGAGUACAUCCACCCGUUCGGCUUCUGCUACUGCCCGCUGAGGAACACCUGGAUGACCAUUGCGCCCAUUCAGCUGGAUCGCUGCCGCUUCUCGUUGAACGCGGUGGGCAACCGGCACCUGUACGCGGUGGGCGGCAUCCUGGACGACGACAACCCCGAGGAGGCGCUGCGCACCAUCUCCAAUGUGGAGCGCUACGACAUCGAGCAGAACGUGUGGACCUACAUGCCCAGUCUGCAGGAGCACCGCAGUCAGCAUGCCGGCGUCGUGGUGGGCGACAAGCUGUACAUCUCCGGUGGCAUCCACCUGGCCAACAUCCUGGCCAGCAUGUGGGUGUUCGACACGAAGACAGAGCUCUGGCAGGAGCUGGCCCCCAUGCCCACGCCCUGCUGCGACCACGUCCUGGUGGCCGUCGAUAGCCGCAUCUAUGCCUGCGGCGGCUGGCACGAGAGCCUGACGGAGUCGCGGGUGCUCGUGCAGCACAUCUACGCCUACGACAUCGAGGCGAACGCGUGGAGCGUGGAGACACAGAUACCGGCACCGAAGUUCUACUCCGGCGUGACGGCGAUGGGCCGAACCAUCUUCUUCGUGGGCGGACUGGACUCCACGGAGUCGAUCGAUCGGGCCAGUGCCGAGACCAUGGCCUACGACCUGGACAGCAAGGAGUGGUGGCGCGAGAAGGACUCGUGGGACUCGCCCAACGAUGUCUGGGAGUCGACGUGCGCGGCCAUCUACGUGCCCAUGUGCGAUUUCUAACUGCCGAGAAGCUCCUCAAACUCAAGUCCAUCCAUCUCCCCCCAUCGAAUUUAGCGAUUCUCAUGAUACUUUUAUAGAUUGUAUGCGUAGUAGUAUAGCUAGCGUAGACCUACAUGCGAGAUUUGUGAUGACUGUGCACAGCGACGAGAUGUGCCAAGCACGGCAGCGAGAACGUUUAGAGCUAAAUGCCUUCGGAAUACUGAAAGGCAGUGUUAAAUUAUUGAAAUAAUGUGUAAUUACUAUGUAUAGACCGCAGCUGCCUUCUCCACCCUGUUGAAUGGCAGUAGCUAGGUGGCGUAAAUUAUUAGGACCCUUGUACUAAAUUUGUAUAGACUACAAUAAGGACUCGCUUUUUUUGCCUCAACAUUUUACCCGAUCUAUUGCAUUUCACUUAAGGGCAUCUUCAUGACAGCCCAUCAUUUCUGCAACAAAGGAUACUGCCGAAAAUAAAACAAACGCAAUUGACUAGAGGACCUGUUAGGCAGCUAACUGUGUAAAAAGAACGGAGGCCAUGGACAAUAAAUAAAAAAUAGUAUAAAUAAUGCGAA